AUGCCUGGCUUUGGCUACGGAUAUGGAGCGAGCCGUGAAACCAGCGACAGCGAGACAAGCAGCCGGGACUCCGAGAGCAGCGAGAGCUUGGCGUCUGAGGUGGAAGUGGGUCAGAGCAUACCAAGAGUGCAUCAGAAAGGCACCAAAGCCGGUCAAGGACCACAGCGGCCUGAUGUACAAGGGGACACCCCUGAAGCUUUGCCAAAACGGCGGAGAGUCACAUUCAAAGAGGAGGUUUUGAUCUUGACAGACUCGACCCGUGAGUUCACGAAGCUCAACCUCAGACACGGCUCCACAAGAAAGCGCUUCAAGGAGCCUCCGCCUGUCGCAAAACGAGCCAGAGCCGAUGAUGGUGCCAGAACUGCAAUCAGAUCUCCACCGCCCGAGCGACGUGUGCUGGAGUCGGACAUCCGAAGCUUGGAAGUGCGCAGGCAGGUGAAGACAGAAGGCUCGCAGGAGGCCGAACAAGGGAAGAUGCAGGUGGCAGAGCCUGACGGUCGCAAGAAGAACCGAAAGGAGAAGAGCCACAGCCCUGGUGGCUCAACGACACGGCAAGGAGACGAAGUCGGACGUGUGCAGGAGCCAGACGCAGACAGAGAUGUGCCGGAUGUGCCCGCACAAGGCCAGAAGCAGGAGGUUAAGCAAAAAAGAAAAAAGCAGGACUCUGCAAGGCUGCCACUAGACAGAAAGAUGCAGCACGACGCUUCAGAGCAUGAGGCUGCACAAGCAAUGCCAGCCGCAAAGGUAGCGCCGCCUGAAGACCCAAGUCGAGAAGGUCGAGAGCAAGAGAGGAGCUCACCAAGGCGAGCAGCAACUGAAAUCGAAGAGAAUCCAGAGGUGCCUUCCAAGAAGGAGCCUUGGAACCUUGACAGGUCGGGGCCCAUCGACUUCGAGGAGCCCACAUCCAGCCGCUCCAGCCAUCUGACUGUCGACCCCGCGCCACGCGGCCCAAGCACCUGCCCCGCCCCCGGCCCCGCCGAGGUGGUAGCCGUUGCCACCGCAAACUCUGCGCUGGAAGACGAAUCAACUGCAAAGAUGCAGGAGCUGCAGCCAGAGGCAUCGGAAACUUCUGAUGCCAAAGCGGCCACAAAAGACACCCCGAUCCGUGGGAUUCGACUGGCAAAAGAGUGGAGGCCACCACCUUCGCUGGUCUUGCCGAAGGCUGUGCAGCCAUGGAAUGCCGCUGAGUAUCGGGGUACGGAGAUGAGAUCGAGAGCGAAGUCUCGUCAGACGCAGCUCCAAGUUGAGGCCCCGCAGGUCGUACCGCAGCCCAAGACUUCCCAAGAGGCAGCAAGAGGAGUUGCAGCACGUGGGAUACGACUCGCAGAGGAGUGGAGGCCCCCACCACCGCUUGCUCUACCGGAGGACAUUCAGCAGUGGAAUCCUGCUGAGUACCGCGGCACAGAGUUGCGAGCCAGAGCCAAGUCUCGCCAGCAUCUGCAGCUACAAGUUGAGGAAGCUGGCGACUACACCACCAAGCUGGCUGGGUUGCUCCGCGCCUUAGAAACUGACUUUGCUGAGCCCGCGGCUCUCCUGAAACGAUUCUGGAUGCAGCUUGCGAUGGGUGAGAGAGAACGUUUCGUGCAGGAAUUCCCCCAGUUUCUGCGCUAUUUGCCCGACGCCAUGCGUGCCACCAGUCGCCUCCCUUGA